CCUUGGGGAAGCCGAGGGCAGCUUCCCAGGUUUCCGAUUUUCUCAUUUGCGUGGCUUCCAGUUGUCAAACGACUUGCAGCGAGCGUCAGGAAACGCACGGGAACUUCGCACAGCGCCACCUCCAGCUCCGCCGCGGGAGCCCAAAUACGGCAACGCCUCCGCCCGCCCGCGCUCCGCCCGUCGCCGAGAUGCUUGCCCGCGCCUUGCUGCUCUGCGCCGCCCUGGCGCUCUGCCGUGCAGCAAAUCCUUGCUGUUCCAACCCAUGCCAAAACCAAGGUAUAUGCCUGAGCAUAGGAUUUGACCAGUAUAAGUGUGACUGUACCCGAACAGGAUUCUAUGGUGAAAACUGUUCAACACCUGAAUUUCUGACAAGAAUAAAGUUAUUCCUGAAACCCACUCCAAAUACAGUGCACUACAUACUUACCCACUUCAAGGGAGUCUGGAACAUUGUCAAUAACAUUCCCUUCCUGCAAAAUAUAAUUAUGAAAUAUGUGUUGACAUCCAGGUCACAUUUGAUCGAGAGCCCACCAACUUACAAUGUGGACUAUGGCUAUAAAAGCUGGGAAGCCUUUUCCAAUCUCUCCUAUUAUACCAGAGCUCUUCCCCCUGUGGCUGAUGACUGCCCAACACCCAUGGGUGUGAAAGGCAAGAAAGAGCUUCCUGAUUCAAAAGAGAUUGUGGAAAAAUUUCUUCUAAGAAGAAAGUUCAUUCCUGACCCCCAAGGCACAAAUAUGAUGUUUGCAUUUUUUGCCCAACACUUCACCCAUCAAUUUUUCAAGACAGAUCAUAAGCGAGGACCAGCUUUCACCAAAGGACUGGGCCAUGGGGUGGACUUAAGUCAUGUUUAUGGUGAAACUUUGGAUAGACAGCAUAAACUGCGCCUUUUCAAGGAUGGAAAAAUGAAAUACCAGAUAAUCGAUGGGGAGGUGUAUCCUCCCACAGUCAAAGAUACUCAGGUCGAGAUGAUCUACCCACCUCAUGUUCCUGAACACCUGCGGUUUGCUGUGGGCCAGGAGGUCUUUGGUCUGGUGCCUGGUCUGAUGAUGUACGCCACAAUUUGGCUGCGGGAACACAACAGAGUGUGUGAUGUGCUUAAACAGGAGCAUCCAGAAUGGGAUGAUGAGCGGUUGUUCCAGACGAGCAGGCUAAUACUGAUAGGAGAAACCAUUAAGAUUGUGAUUGAAGACUAUGUACAACACUUGAGUGGCUAUCACUUCAAACUGAAGUUUGACCCAGAGCUGCUUUUCAACCAACAAUUCCAAUACCAAAACCGUAUUGCUGCUGAGUUUAACACACUCUACCACUGGCAUCCCCUUCUGCCUGACACCUUGCAAAUAGAUGACCAGGAGUACAAUUUCCAGCAGUUUGUCUACAACAACUCUAUAUUACUGGAACAUGGGCUUACCCAGUUCGUGGAAUCAUUCAGCAGGCAAAUUGCUGGCAGGGUUGCUGGUGGUAGGAAUGUUCCAGCUGCAGUGCAGCAAGUAGCAAAGGCCUCAAUCGACCAGAGCAGACAGAUGAAGUACCAGUCUCUUAAUGAGUAUCGCAAACGCUUUCGGCUGAAGCCCUAUACAUCGUUUGAAGAACUCACAGGAGAGAAGGAAAUGGCUGCGGGGUUAGAAGCACUUUAUGGUGAUAUUGAUGCCAUGGAGCUGUAUCCUGCCCUUCUGGUAGAAAAGCCUCGCCCUGAUGCCAUCUUUGGUGAGACCAUGGUAGAAAUGGGAGCACCAUUCUCCUUGAAAGGACUUAUGGGUAAUCCUAUAUGUUCUCCUGACUACUGGAAGCCUAGCACUUUUGGUGGAGAAGUAGGUUUUAAAAUCAUCAACACUGCCUCGAUUCAGUCUCUCAUCUGCAAUAACGUGAAGGGCUGUCCUUUUACUGCAUUCAGUGUUCAAGAUCCACAGCUCACCAAAACAGUCACCAUUAAUGCAAGCUCUUCGCACUCUGGACUGGAUGAUAUCAAUCCCACAGUACUGCUAAAAGAACGUUCAACUGAACUGUAGAAGGGUAUUAAUCCUAUUUAUUUAUUUAUAUGGACUAUUUCUUUUAACUUAAUUAUUUAAUAUUUAUGUUAAACUCCCUAUGUUACUUAACAUCUUCUGUUAAGGAGAAAGGGGUCAUACUUGUGAAGAUUUUCAUGUCACUGCUUUAAAGAUGUCAUUCCUUCAGGUUAAAGGGGAAAACAGUUUUCAUUCUUUUUUAUAAACUGAUGGGAAAUGAGUUUGACAUCCUUUUACUUGAAUUUCAGUUUAAAUUAUUUAUAAUAACAAAAGCAAAGCUGUUUGGACAUUUAAAUGCUGGUCCAAGAUGGCAAAAUGCUGCAAGUUUUUUUUUCCAGUGUAUACCCUGGGAUUUCCAGUGUAUCCUCCAUGAUGCAUUAGAAGCAACUACCUGCACCUGUUCCUUUUCUUUUCUUCUGUUAGCCAUUGUACUGGGAGAAACUCUCUUCUGAUCAGUUUACUCCUUCUAUUUUGUUUUCUUGAUUUUAAGAUCUGAGUUCAUCUUUCGGUGGACUCUAUUUUCUUUCUUAUCAUUUCCCUCUGUCUAUAUUUUCAUAUCUGAACUUUUGCAAGUUUUCAGGAAAACCUCAACUCAGGACUACUAGUAACUUAGCUCCUCUUAACAAAAAUGAAAGAGAAAAAAAAAAACAGCCCUUAUAAAAGCCUCUACAAAAGGACAUACACUUAUUUUAAGUGAAAAGCAGAGAACUUUAUUUAUAGUUAAUUUUAACUAAGUGUAAUGGAAGAAGCCUCUUUGUAGGCUUACAUGUAGGCUUUGAACGCAUUACGGAGAACUGCAGGGGGUUCUUGAUAGAGGAAAGUUGUAUUUCUAUUCUAAUGAAUGUCCUUUCUUCUUGAAAAACAAAGCCAAACAAUUCCUGAAUAGUUCCCAGGAAGAACAUGUUUCUUCUUUUCCACAUCUCAUUGUCAGCUGACAUUUGCUGGUACUGUAUACUACUUAAUUUAUUGAGGAUUAUUAUUUAUGUCUUGUUAGGACGUUAUUAUAAACUAGGUUUAGGCUGCAAUCAUUGAUUUUUUUUUUCAUUAUGUGAGAAUCAGUAUAUCUUCUUUGAGAUUAACUCUCUAAAUUACUAUGUAAACUACAAGAAAAAUUAUUAGAUUAAAAUUUCUGAAUAAAUUUUCAGCAACCCAACUCUGGUAUAAUGAAAUAUGGAAGGUUUACCCACACACCAGCCCACAGAGAACACUGUGUCUCAUUAGCCUGGAUACACCACAAGACUGACCUUUUAUACAUUUUUUGAAGGACCUGUGGAUCCUUCAUUAAUUCAUUCAGCUAUAACUUACUGAGGAGAUGUGUGCAAAGCACUGUGAGUUUUAAUAUUUUUAAAUCAAGCACUGAUUACAGAUGACAUCAGUAUUUGUAAAUAAUUGCAAAAGCAUGUCUUUUAGGUAGAGAAAUUGAAAUUUCAUUAAAGGAAAUAACUCAGGGGAUUUUUUAAGAUUUUAUGUUUAAAAAUUUUAUAGUUAAUAAAGAAAUGGUUAAUAUUAGAAGGGCUUGUAUUAAAAACUGUUAACUUCAUUGAUUAAAAAAAAAAAAAACUUUUAUUGACAUCAACCUGCUGACCAAACCUAGGAAUUUGGAAUAUAAUAUACAAAGGUUUUGGUGCCUAAGACAAAUGUGUAUUUAAAUUAACUUAAUGUCAAAUGUAACUGUUGAAACAAAUGCCUGUUUAUUUUUAUACUAUUUAAGAAUGGAAAAAUCUCUUCUACAAUAAAUUUUGACUGUUUCCAUA